GAAAGCGCAAGGGCGUGCCUGCUGCUCCACCGGUACGCGUCAUUGGUCUGGCCGUUUGGUGUCCGCACGGUGCUAGUGAACCACGAGCGUCAGUUCACAUUGAUGCGGGAAUGCAAUUGCGCGUCUGCCUCCAAAUGAUCUUUACUUUUUCAAAACUCAACGUUGUCCCAAUGUGAAUCAUGUCCUUCCACAGGCGUCUCCCGGGAAGAACCGCAGCCCUUGCUCUACUGAGCUGGCUUGUCGUAGCGCUAGUGUUACAUCUCAGGGCAGAACGACAGCUCUCGACACACGACCGGUCCCACACUGGAAUAAAAAGCCCACCUCCGCCCGGUGCCGCCAUCGCAGAACCAAAAAGCAGCGAUACGGCAAGUGCGUUCCAAAAGGGUGCUGGAGAAAGCAUUCGACGCACUGCCAUAGUCGUCGCGAAAACGGCAUUCGAAAACGCGACGUGGCUCGACGACUACUUCCCGCAAUGGGAGAAGAACAUCUACAGCGUGGAGGACGGGGAGACGAUGAUGAAGAUUCCCAAGAACAAAGGCAGAGAAAGCAUGGUGUACUUGAGCUAUAUCAUAGACAAGUACGACCGACUGCCCGAUAACGUCCUCUUCUUGCACCCGAAUCGCUACCAGUGGCACAACGAUGACCCCGAUUACGAUGGAGUUCCUAUGCUGCGACACUUCCAGAUGCCCUACCUAGAGCAGGAAGGUUACGUCAACAUCCGUUGCGCCUGGUCUCUAGGUUGCCCGGACGAAAUCAAACCGUUCGCAGAAGAAGGGGAGCGUAGGGCUCAAGUCCACGCUGGUGGUGACUACAAAAAAGCUUUCCAGGUGCUCUUUCCCGGAGUAGACGUACCCCAGUACGUGGGCGUGAGCUGCUGUGCGCAGUUUGCAGCCACGAAAGAGAAGAUAAGAGAGAGGAAGAAAAGCGACUACCAGCGGUACAGGAAGUGGCUGGUAGAGACGGACCUGGAAGACAGCAUUUCGGGUAGGAUCAUGGAGUAUAGCUGGCACAUAAUAUUCGGUAAAGACCCGGUCCAUUGUCCUCCGGUGCAAGUCUGCUAUUGUAAAGUAUUUGGGCUGUGCAGCCUCCAGUGCGAAGAGCAGGGAAGCUGCGGGGAUCGAUACACGCUCCCACCGUUUGCGACGCUUCCGGAAGGAUGGCCGUAUAUUGGCUGGGACCAAGAAGAUCGAGAACGGGCUGGUCCAGAAGACUAAUUGAAAUGGAGGGCUUAGUUGGCAUGCGUCUGUGUGCCUAAGGCAUGGCGACCGUACGUAAAUCGGUACCCACGAUCGAAUCAUGUAUACCCGCGUACCGCCUCCGGGAUCACAGCACAUAUCUCGUAUCACUUUUGAUGCUGCGGUGUCUUCCGUCUGCACUCCGCCCCACGUUACGCACGUAUACGAGAGGAUUACAAGACUCGACUAUCGUACUGCAUGUACAUGCAGGCUUCGAGAUUGUGCUGCAGCGGAACUGUUUCCCCACCUUCCGCU